AUGGCUAACUCCUUGGGUAGCCUAAAACUCUGCCUUCUCCUCCAAGCCAUCUGCCUAUGUCUGGCUCAGCUUCGAGGUCCUCCAGGAGAGCCCGGCCCCCGGGGGCCCCCGGGUCCGCCAGGAGUGCCAGGAUCUGACGGCACUGAUGGUGACAAAGGCCCGCCAGGCGCUGCUGGGACCCCGGGCUCCAAGGGGGAACCAGGCGUUCCAGGUCCGGACGGGCCCCUGGGGAAGGCAGGCAUUGAUGGCCUGACUGGCGCGAAGGGGGAACCAGGGCCACUCGGGAGGCCAGGAACUAAAGGCCAGCCUGGACUGCCAGGGCCACCGGGACUCCCCGGCCCUGGACUGUCAGGACCUCCUGGGCCAGCGGGUCAGGUUGGACUUCCUGGGGAAAUCGGAGUCUUGGGAACUAAGGGUGAACCUGGACCUGAUGGACCACGAGGCCCCCCAGGUCCCCCUGGGAAACCUGGCCCCGCAGGACACAUCCAAGUGGGGGAAGGCAGUGCUGAUUUCUCGUGUCCAACCAACUGCCCGCCAGGGCCCAAAGGCCCCCAGGGACUUCAGGGACUGAAGGGACACAAAGGCCGCCCCGGUGCCCUCGGGGAAUCUGGCAGACAGGGCAGGCCGGGCCCCCUGGGCGACAUGGGCAUUUCCGGAGAACAAGGCAUCCCCGGCCCUCCAGGUCCCCAGGGCCUGAGAGGUUACCCUGGCAUGGCAGGACCAAAGGGCCAGACGGGUCCCCAUGGCUAUAAGGGAAUGGUUGGGGCUAUCGGAGCUGCUGGCAGGCCGGGCGAGGAAGGCCCUAAGGGGCCCCCUGGUGGAGCCGGCGAGAAGGGAGACAUCGGUGCCCGUGGCUUCCGGGGUCCCCAGGGAUCAAUGGGCCCCAAAGGGGAUAAUGGACUCCCUGGCAUCGACGGUAAAGACGGCACCCCCGGCAUCCCUGGCGUGAAGGGGAGCGCAGGGCAGCCCGGCCGCCCCGGGUCACCAGGCCACCGAGGAUUAGCCGGUUUGCCAGGCCAACCUGGGGCCAAAGGCGGCCCAGGAGUUAAGGGUGAACCAGGUGCCCGUGGCCUUCCAGGAAUCACCGGAACCCCUGGGAAAAUUGGUGAACUUGGACCGCCAGGUGAGCCAGGGCCACAAGGUGUCCCCGGGUUGAAGGGCGAUCGGGGAGAGCGGGGCCCGGUGGGUCCCCAAGGCCUCCAGGGGAAAGUGGGAUCAAAAGGCGAGCAAGGUCCUCCAGGGAUCCCGGGGCCACAGGGCCUGCCAGGUGUCAAAGGAGACAAGGGCUCCCCAGGAAAAAUUGGAGCCAAAGGUGACAUCGGAGACCCUGGCGUGGAAGGCCUUCCCGGGGAGAAGGGUGAGAAGGGGGAGUCAGGCGAGCCAGGACCAAAGGGUCAGCAAGGUGUCCACGGUGAGCCUGGCUUUACUGGCCCCACUGGGGACGCAGGGUCACCUGGCGUGAGAGGUUACCCAGGACCCCCAGGCCCUCGAGGGCUCAACGGAGAGCGCGGUGUGCCAGGAAUGCCCGGGCAACAGGGCGUGUUGGGCCGGGAUGCUGGGGACCAGCAUAUUGUUGACGUGGUCUUGAAGAUGCUGCAAGAGCAGCUGGCAGAGCUGGCAGUGAGCGCCAAGAGAGCAGCCCUGGGAGGAGCAGGCGUGAUGGGGCCGCCCGGCCCCCCAGGGCUCCCUGGAUCACCUGGUGAACAAGGCCCGCAUGGGCACGCUGGACCGCGCGGCAUCCCGGGCAUUUUAGGAGCCCCGGGGCAGAUCGGCAAUACCGGACCCAAAGGGAAACGAGGGGAGAAAGGAGAGCGUGGCGAGAUCGGGCGCGGACAUCAGGGUAUGCCGGGACCACCAGGUAUCCCAGGUCUCCCUGGCAUUCCUGGACAUGCCAUCAAUGGCAAAGACGGAGAGCGAGGGUCCCCUGGAGUCCCUGGAGAAGCAGGCCGACCUGGUUUACCUGGGCCUGCUGGUCUUCCUGGAUUCUGUGAGCUGGCCGCCUGCUUAGGAGCCUCUGCAUUCACCUCAGGGCGCCUGACCGAACCAGGCACCAUCAAGGGACCUUCGUACUGA